GGUCCAUCUCGAACAAGACAACAAACGGCAGGUUCUAGCACAGAUUUACACACACCUGGACACAAAAAAGAGUCUAAAUAUGACCACUUUAUUGAUGAAAGUGCUGUCCAGAAAAGAGUAGUACAUAGAUGGCCAGCCUUUCCCUAGCCUCCACCCCUCCCCUCAAACGUAAAACGUAGCUCGCGGAGGUGCGGCGACGUCACGUGCGUCACGAGGAAAUCACGGACUACUCUUAUCUCACUUCCGGCGUAAGCCGAAGUUGUUACGUCAUGUUACUAAGCAACCCUGUCAAGAAACUUCAUAUAUUUUAGAGCCCAUUCCUUUUGUACAACGGGAUGAUAUCGAGGCAACCAUAACAGUGCGUCAAAUAUGGCGGCUUGGCAGAGAAGAUUGCAGAAAGAGCUGAUGGAAAUCAAAACUAAACCGCCGCCAGGAAUGCGCCUCGACUGUGAUUCAGUCUCUUCGAAUCUUGCUACGUGGAUUAUCCAUGUAGAAGGAGCCCCAGGUACAUUGUACGAUGGUGAAAAAUUUCAGCUUGAGUUCAAAUUUGGAUCCAAGUAUCCCUUUGAGUCGCCCGAGGUUAUAUUUGGAGGAUCAAAUAUUCCAGUCCAUCCUCAUGUGUAUAGUAAUGGGCACAUCUGCCUAUCAAUCCUGACGGAUGACUGGUCUCCUGCUCUGUCAGUGGAAUCUGUUUGUCUAAGUAUUGUUAGCAUGUUGAGUAGCUGUCAAGAAAAGAAACACCCACCUGAUAAUAGCUGGUAUGUUAAAACUUGUCACAAAAGUCCCAAGAAAACAAGAUGGUGGUAUCAUGGUAAGUAUACCAAAAAUUCAUUUAAACAUGCAUUUCAUUGUUAUUAAUUUGGUCCCCUCUUCAAUUCUUUUCUUUGAAGUUGGCAAUGUAUUAAAUAAAUUAUAUACAUAAACAUAUUAUAAAUGAUUAUUGUUAUCUUGGGCAUUUAAUCUUCAGUUUCAUUUUCUCCUUUCCUUUGGUCUUGCUUUUUGUUUCUCUCUUUCUCUUCUGGGCCUCUUUUGUAACAACUACUCAGUACCCCGGCCCAUAAAAUAUGUUUAGGUUCCAGAUUCCUUUUCUUUUACAUAUAUCUGCAAGGUACUGUGAGCUACAUCUGUUUUACUGCAAGGGUAUAGGAGGCUUUUUUUGCCUACACCGUAACAGUAACAGUAAUUAAACAUGUAACAGUAAUUAAAAAAUGAGCUAGCCACCCAACCCUCAUUUCCUCAAAGCCUU